CCAUGCGAGUCGGCCCCUCUAGAGGAGUCGACAGGAAAAUUGCACUGGGAGAAAAACGUGCGGAGGUGUGGAGGGGAGGAGACCUCGCAGAGUCGGAGCAAGAGGCUGCAGUAGAAAAAUAAGUCAUUACAAAGACAGGAAGAAGAGAGAAUAAAGGGGGAAGAGGAGAGAAACCAGAAAAACAAGGAGUUGGAACCCAGAUAAUUGUAUUUUGGCUUUUUUUUUUUUUGGGCUUUUUUUUUGUGUCGACAUCAUCUCCUGGAUUUUCACUUCCUUCAGAGUCCUGCAUCACCUGUUGCAGAUGGGAAAGUAGCAUUUGCACUGAGUGUGAUACCGAUCGAACUACCUUCAGCCUCGCCGCCACAGAGAAGAGGAUGGGAGCAGUUUGCCUCUGUGUCGUCCUGGUCUUCCUGGCCUCUCCGGUGUGUGCACAGUGGUGGAACUUUUUCUGGGCGAAGCCACAAACCACCACUCUGUUUCCUCCCCUUACCUCUCCGACCGGCUCCCCCCAGAAGCCUUCCUCCACCACCCAGUGGACUCCGUCGGAGAGGGGACAGGGGAGCACGGAGGUGACAGCAGACCCUGUGGAGGGCACGGGGUCGGGGUGGACUGCGCCGUCCUCUUCUCCGCACGCCUCAGGGGAUUUAGUUUCCCACGACAAUGAGAAAACGUUGACACCGUCGUCUCGGGCGAACUCAGGUGGAAAUGCCAAAGGCAGGUCCGAGAAUAAACCACUGAAACAAUGGAAGAGUGAGAAAGCUUCAGGAAGUCACCUGAACCUGUUGGAUCUGAUCGGCUUCCCUCUGCCUCCCGCCGUCUCCUUCACUAACGGUUUCCAGGGGUCUCCAGCGCACAGCUUUGGAAGCAAGGCCAAUGUCGGCCGACUCACGAGGACUUUUGUUCCCGGGCCUUUCUACAGGGACUUCGCCAUUAUUGUCACGGUGCGUCCGACUACCCAGAGAGGAGGCGUCCUGUUUGCCAUCACCGACGCCCAUCAGAAGGUGGUGGAGCUGGGUUUGGCCCUUACCCCGGUCCACGGGGGCCUCCAGCGAAUCGUUCUGUACUACACCGACACAGAGGAGGCGACCGACAGCCGCAAAGCCGCCGCCUUCAGCGUCCCGGACAUGACCGACCAGUGGACACGGUUCACGUUGGUGGUGGAGAAUAAUGAGGUGCGUCUUUAUAUGGAUUGCGGCGAGGCCGAGAGGACGACUUUCCACCGCAGGCCAGAGAAACUCACCUUUUCACAAAACUCUGGCAUUUUUGUCGCAAAUGCAGGAAGCACAGGCCUCGAUAAGUUUGAGGGGUCGGUUCAGCAGCUGAUCAUAAGGGAUGAUCCCAGAGCAGCGGAGGAGCAGUGUGAGGAGGACGAUUCGUAUGCCUCGGGGUACGCGAGCGGAGAUGAUCCUAUGGAUGACAGAGAGACAGAGGUGGACUCCAGAAAAAGGGAAGAUGGCGUCAGGCGGCCAGUCGUCUCUCUGAAGGACAAGAGCAGCUUCCCUGUUGAAGCUCCGCCCACUGUUUCGCCAGAGGUGGAGCUUGAUGGGUAUUCUGGUCACAUGACUCCAACAGCAGCCAAUGAGGAUCUGCUGAUAACAGAGUCUCAUCGGACAGAAGAGGCAGGAGAGCGACCUGGACAUGUUGCCAUUAGGCCCGGCUUGAAAGGGGAACCAGGAACUCGUGGACCGCCGGGGCCACCGGGGCCUCCUGGCUCUCCGGGACCUCGCUACGUGCACAAAGAGGGCCGAGGGAAACCUGGGCCGCAAGGACCUCCUGGAGCCCCGGGAACACCAGGGGGCGACGGACAGAAGGGAGCCAAAGGUGAAAAAGGUGAAGCGGGUCAAAAAGGACAGCAGGGAUUUCCGGGUUUGAGCGGAGAGGCUGGAGCUAAAGGAGACAAGGGAGAGCCAGGCCUUGGUUUGCCAGGCCCCCCCGGUCUUCCGGGACCCCCAGGCCCUCCCAGAUCCCGCAGUGUGCCGUAUGGACCAGAUGCCAUUGGUUCUGGCUUUGAGGAUCUGGACACUGAUACUAUUUUCAAUAGGGGUCCAGCAGGUCCUCCGGGGCCUCCGGGACCACCCGGGCCUCCUGCACCCCAACUGUCAUCAGAACUGACCCCGAGCCAUAUCGGACCUCCGGGCGCACCUGGCGGUGAUGGACUUCCGGGCGAACAGGGAAUACCAAUAUUUGAGGAUGACUCAAGUGGCUCUGGGCCUGUUGAUUCAGUUCUGGGUCCAGAGCUGGCGUCAGCUCUCAAUGCAAAACUCGCCACCGGUUCCGGUUCUGAUUUCAGUUCCGCCUCCGGCGUCGGUUCGGGUUCUGGGCUUGAGCCCGCCUGGGGCUCAGGCGAGGGUCCUGCAGGGACAGCUGGCUCCCCGGGCCCACCAGGGGUUGCUGGACCAAAGGGUGACCAGGGGAUACCUGGACCACCUGGACCAAAGGGUGAAAGUGGAGAUGUGGGCCCACCAGGAUCUCCUGGACUCCAAGGGCCCAAUGGUCGACCAGGAAGAAAGGGACAUGCAGGUCCACCAGGACCGCCGGGCCCACCCGGCCCUCCAGGAACCAAAGUCCUUGUUGAGGACGUGGAAGGAUCGGGAAAGAGCGACUUGUUAAUUAGGACAGGAGUAAGAGGACCGCAGGGCCCUCCUGGCGUACCAGGACCCCCGGGACCACCGGGCGAGGACGGCGCACCCGGAGCUCCUGGGAUUUCUGUUAAGGGGGAACCAGGGAGGCGAGGGCCGGACGGCCUUCAGGGCGUUGCAGGACUGCCAGGCGCUAGAGGGUCCAAAGGAGAAAAAGGCAUCCCAGGACCAAAGGGUGAGGCAGGUGCUGACGGGCUCGGUAUCAUAGGACCGCCCGGGCCUCCUGGACCUCCAGGACCUGUUGUAAACCUACAGGAACUGCUCCAGAACGCGACAGACGGGAUGCUAAACCUGACGGAGCUCAGAGGGCCCCCGGGGCCCAGGGGCCCUGAAGGUUUGCCGGGACAAGCUGGGUUUCCAGGCCCCAGAGGACCAAAAGGAGACAGAGGCCCUCAAGGUAUUGACGGAGCUACAGGAGAGAAGGGAGAAAAGGGCGAACCUGGCGUGACAAUUGCUGCAGAUGGAUCUAUUUUAUCUGGACCGAGGGGCCCUCAGGGUCCAAAGGGCCCAAAGGGCGACCGGGGCUUCCCAGGAGCCAUCGGGCCUGUGGGACCCAUGGGACAUCCUGGCCAAAAAGGAGAAUAUGGUUUCCCUGGACGCCCAGGACGACCCGGCAUGGUGGGGAGAAAAGGCGACCGAGGAGAAUCUGUCAGCCUGCCGGGUCCUCCCGGUCCUCCGGGUCCUCCUGGUCCACCAGGACGAAUUCUCGGUCUAAAUGGAACAGUGUUCCCGGUGCGCCCCAGACCGCACUGCAAACUGGGACGAGAGUCGGUGACAAAGAGAGACUCCGUGGGCCUCAAAGGAGACAAAGGCGACGAAGGGAUGCCUGGUGAGCCGGGAACGCCCGCAGCCCCGUUACUUGACGGGGGAGAGGGAGCCAAAGGCGAUCUGGGGGUCAAAGGUGAAAAGGGAGAAAAGGGCGACUCGGGCCUGCCCGGUCCUCCAGGACUUCCAGGGAAAUCCGGACUUGUGGGUCCAAAGGGGGAGUCCGUUGUAGGUCCUCCGGGACCGGCUGGUUCUCCUGGUCAACCCGGUGCUCCCGGGCUUGGACGACCUGGGCCCCGAGGUCCGCCUGGCCCUGCUGGGCCCCCGGGACCGGCCCCUGAAUAUGGAUCUGAUGUCAGCGUCCCUGGUCCUCCAGGUCCUCCCGGUCCACCAGGACCUCCAGGCUACGCUAACCCGGUGACGACCUUCAAGACCUUCAAGGCUCUCACCAGAGAGAUCCAGAGGGCCGCUGAGGGAACGCUGGCGUACGUGUCCGAGAGAGGUGGAGAGCUGUACAUCAGGGCACGCAACGGGUGGCGCAAAAUCCAGCUUGGAGAGCUGGUUCAAAACGGAGCUUCCUCGUCAGAAGCGUCUCAGGCUCUGAGCAGAGCUGGAGACUGGAGCAGACCUCAAAGAGUUCACAGCCAGGAGCUGCAGGACGGCAGCAGGGGAUUCCAGCCCAGCUACAAUAUCUUGCCACAGACCAUCGAGUCCGUACCUGGACUCCACCUAGUGGCGCUGAAUGCUCCGCUCAAAGGCGACAUGCGGGGCAUCCGCGGGGCAGACUUCCAGUGCUACCAGCAGGCGCGCUCCGUGGGGCUUACCGCCACCUACAGGGCCUUCCUGUCAUCACACCUCCAGGACUUGGCCACCAUAGUGCGGAAGGCUGACCGCAACAACCUGCCGGUGGUCAAUCUGAGGGGGGAAAUAUUGUUCAGCACUUGGUCCUCCAUAUUCUCUGAGAAUGCCGGCAUGUUCAACCCGUCGACACCCAUUUACUCUUUUGAUGGACACAACAUAAUGACCGAACCAGCAUGGCCGGAGAAGCUGGUGUGGCACGGCUCCAGCACCUUGGGAACCCGGCUGACCGCCAACUACUGCGAGGCGUGGCGGACGGGCGACAUGGCGGUGACGGGCCAGGCGGCGCUGCUGCAGACGGGUCGGCUGCUGGGACAACACCCCCGCUCCUGCUCCAACCACUACGCAGUGCUGUGUAUAGAGAACACAUACGUGGGGAACACACCCCAAAGGAGAACCUGAAGAUACACAAACACACGCACGCACAAACGCAUAUUAACACGCAUGCAGGCAUGUUGAAAGUGGGAAAUAUGAUUGGGGGAAAAACACAUUUAGGCACAUGAAACACAUGCACACAUAGAUUGUUGUUAUUGUUUUGUUUUUGUGUUUAGUUCCCACCUGAAAGUCGGUGUGAGACGGCAGCUCCACAUGUCCGUCCAUGUCUAGAGCUCAGUUAUUUUUGUAGUCUCUAACAGAGUAAAAAAAUAAUAACAAUAAAAAACACUGUCAGUGUUUGAGAGCUGCCAGCUUUACAAUGUUUCUGGGGCUUCUUUGUUUUCCUGCUCCACAGGCAGACAGACAAACUAGUAGAGAAACGUAGCAGAACUGCUGUAAAAUAAACCACAAAGUCACUGGUCUGUCUGAUAAGAGAAAGUCUCCUUUUUCCUGUUUUCAAACUAAAGUGAAGUUUCAUAUCUUAAGAAAGGUCUGACAAGACAUGCAGCGAUAUCAGACAAAAAGAGAAUACUCAUUCAUAAUGCCACAAGUAAAAAAUAAAAAAAAGUCAUAAAAUAUAUUUCUUCUAUUGCAGUAGCAUAAUUUCACACAUUAAAAAAAAUCAAACCAAAACUUCUACAAAAUAUGUAAAAACAACAACAAAAAAUACAAUUCCAACAUUAUUUUUCCCAAAAACUUAGAAAAAAAGUUUUGAAAAAAGAUUUUCUAAAAAAAUUUAAUUUGAAAAGAUUUUUUUAAAAUGUAUAGAAAACAAAUUCCAGAAAAAAAAAAUUGAAAUAAUGUUCGACUUCUAAGAAAUUGUUCAUCAAAAAUUCUUCAAUUUUUCAAGCACAUUUAUGCACAUUAACAUCUAUUGGCAUUCUAACUGCAACAGAAUAAUUUUUGUAAUGAAUUAACAUUUUCAGAUUGCCUUCUGACUAGAAAAUGGUGAUCAGUUUGACUCACAUCCCGCUAUUCAAAAUAGGAAAGACAGAUCAUCCCACCGGAGUAUUGAUCUUCCCAGAAUAAGGAAACGGCUAGGAUAAAGUGGAUGUUCGUCUAAAUUUGCCAAUAUCUCUAUUAGUUCACCUAUUCUUCUAUUUAUACAGUAGCAUGUCCUAGGAAAACAUAGCUAGUAUGCAUUCACAUGUUGCUGUUUGAAGUUGGAGCAUGUUUGUGUUUGUCCACAUCAUUUAUUUCUUAUAAUACUGUAGAUGCCUUUUUCUUUUUUUAAUGAAACUCACUAAAUGACUGAUAAUCUCCUCACCACGCUUUAAUUGAAAUGUUCUGCCUGCAAACUUGACUGUUAGUUGUUCUACUGUCUGAUUGUCUCUUCUGUUGAAACAAAAACUUGACUUUCUUGUACUUACCUUCUGGUGCUCACUCAAUAAAGUGUCUGAUUUUUUA